AUGGCGCGCCGAGCUUCUAGCAGCUCACUGCCGUCACCGUCGCCGCCGCCGCUAGCUCGCGCGCAGCUGGAAGUUAUUUUCGGCGCGUUGGCCGUGGGGAGCGCCGGUGUCGCGUGGUGGCAGCUGAUCGGCUCGACUCGUUCCCGCUCCGCGCUCAGAUCCGCGCGCGAACCGACCAUCCUUCAACUCAGUCGCGCGAAGCCGCCUGCUGACGCCACCAGAUGCAGCAGCGGAAGCGGCAACAACAGCGGCGGCGGCAGCGGCGCGAGCUCGCGCGAGUUGGUGGCUGUGAGAGGGUUCGUGCAGGCAGGAGGUCAGGCAGGCGGCCUUGGGUGGAAGCCUCCCCCGCCGCUGCUGCCAGACAACGGGGUGAAGCAGCCAUGUGCCAUCGUGGAGAGAACAGAGACGAUCCUUCAAACGGAAAUGCAUCUGCCUUAUGGCUGGGUGACCACCACACCAACGCACACCAUUCGCUCCCAAAAAUCUGUCCCCUUCUCACUAGCAGACAGUACCCAUCCAUUAGCGUCACGUGUCGACAUCUCAUUGGUGGGCGCCACACAGCCCCUGCCGCUGCACACCGUGUACAAUCACAUGCACAAGCCCAGCCCCUCUUUGGGCGACGCUGCCCUGCACGUGCUUAUAGGGAAACGCCUGCCGGCGGGCCUGCGUACGGAGGAGAGGGCGCUGCCGAUCAAUCACGUGCUGACAGCUGUCGGCCACGUGAGGUUCGGAUCUGACGGUCGUCCCGCCAUCUUCGCUUCGCCCAAGCUCCCCUUCUUCCUCUCCUCUGACAGCAAGGCGGGAAUGCUUCAAAAGCUGGAUCGCCAGUGGGGGGUGCUGCUGGGAUGCAGCUUGCUGCUGUCUGCUGCUGCUGCGGGCAUAGUUGGCUUUGCCUUAUGGAGGCGGCGGCGGCGGCGCGACAUACGGUUCUGGGAGAGAGUGGGAGCGUGGUGCGCGUCCUUGCUCGGAAGAAGACGCUAG